GUCUCAGAGAAAACGAUCAAUCAAAACAUUGCAAAAAACAUUAUCCUAAUUAAAACAAUUUAAACUUUUGAUAGCUGUGAUAAUAUGUCUAGCAUAAAUUAUACAACUCGGAUUGAAGGCCAAACGAGGAUCAAUACCAUACUAUGGACAGUUCCAAAUUUUAUAAACCUGUUAGAAAAUAGAAGCUGUCGAGAAUUCAGAACAGACAAAUCAAAAGAUCACACCAUGGAAAUCAUCGAGUCAAGAUUCCAAUUGAAAAUGCAAUUCCUUGGACGUGAUAACGAUAUUAUUGAAAUAUACUAUCUAUCUCCUAAUUCGGUGUUUUUAAAGUCUAUAUUAACUAUAUGCCUUAAACGUUUUGAAGAACGUUCAAUAGUUAUUAAAGAAUAUCACACUGUUCAUGCAAAUAAAUGGCAAUAUUUAGCUACAUUAUUUAAAAGAGACAUUGCUAGUUAUGAUGGUCGUGACAUAUUUCUGUUAAGUGACGGGAGCUUGCGAUUAAAAUUUCAAUUUUUGGUAUCUAAUGAUAUAAAAAUCGAUCGCUCUAAUGUUUUCGAAGCCCAGCUAAGUAACGAUAUUGAGAAUCUUCUUCAUAAUGGUAUGUUUUCUGAUGUAACAAUGAAGUCACUAGAAGGAGAUGAGUAUAAAGUCCAUAAAGCUGUGCUUUCCAGUAGGAGUGCAGUACUUAAGGCUCAUUUUGAGCAUAACACAACUGAAUGUUUUACUAAUAGUAUAGAGUCACCGUUAGAUGCUGAGGUACUUAGGGAAGUUCUAACUUUCAUAUACAGUGACAAAGCACCAAAGGUUGAUGAAAUUCCAGAAAAACUCCUUGCAGCGGCAGAUUAUUACCAACUGAGCAGACUUAAGGGCUUAUGUGAGGAGGCUCUGCACAAAAAACUGACAGUUGACAAUGCAAUUGAGACUCUACAAUUGGCCGAUUUACAUUCAGCUAAGAUACUGAAGCAAUUAACAUUAGAAUUUAUAAAAGAUGGUCAAGCAAAACUUAUUACAAAGACUGAAGGUUGGGCUAAAGUUAAAUCUGUUGAAUUAAUAAAAUGUAUUUACGAGUACAUAAUGGCAGAUGAUGCUGAAGCUGAUAUAAAGUAAAUAAGACUUUUUUAAGCUUAUCUUUUAAUGAAAUUUUUAAUGAUUAUAUAGUAGGUUGAAUCUAUCUACAAAAGGGAUGAAUAAG